AUGAAAGGAAACAUGAAGGUGUUAAUUUUGGUGGCAACAUUGGCUUGGUCAAUGGCAAUCCACGAAAACCAUGCUAUGGCAAACGAUGCACAGACAAAGCCAACUAUCCGAAUGUAUGGCUCUGGCCAAGGUUGGCCCGCCAACAAUGUUCAGGCCGACAGUGGCAAUCCACUACCGUUUUUCAUUGUUGGGCUGGAUAAUCUUUGCUUGGAAGCGAACAGACAUAUACUACAGUUAGUAAACUGCAGCAAAGAUAAGGUAGAACAAAAAUGGAAACUCUACGCAGAUGGUUCUAUACGGUCUCAGAAGAGCAAUAACUGCCUCACUGCUAACGAUCUCACCCAAGAUAGCCCUAUUCUAAUCAUUCAAUGUAGUCCGGAUUUGUCUGCUUACCAGCUUUGGCAACUCAAGGAAGCUGGAACCAUCAUUAAUUUGUCCAGUGGUCUCGCACUAGACGUGGCCCAAUUUGGCCUUAGGCCACGUAUUUUGCCCAAGAAAAAAACAUCGAAUGGAAAUAAAAUAUGUACGGUGAUAGUGGUGAACGUUGGUCAAUUGGCUAAUGAAAGGUGUAAAAGGUGA